AAAAAUCAAGAUUGAUCCCGGUCGGUGGGACGGGCGCGCGGGUCCGGAGUGGCAACAUGUGGCGUGCGGCCGCGCCAGUCGCCCGCCCGCCGCGCUCGCACGAUGCUGCGUCUAUCCCUUCUCGUGAUCUUCCUUACGCACCGCAUCCGAACCGCUCAUGUCACCGACACUCCCUUCUCGAACCGUUUCGACAAACUUUACCAAAAGCUAGACAAGCUUACUGCCGCCCCAGAUCGCUAUUCGGAACCGUCUCCGGAAGACAAGUUGUACGAAAAGUUAGAUCGAUUGAACGCUAUUCGGUUGUCCCCGGAACGUGAGGAGUUGAGUGAUGAAGAUGAGGAAUUGUUGUCUGCUAUGAAGGUGUGGGGAGGUUUGAGUGCGGAGCAGAUGGAUGGAGUGGUGAAAGACCUGCAGAUGAUGAAGGAGGAACGCCGGGAGGAGGCUGGAGACCAGGAGUAUGCGGAACCUUCUUGGGAUGAAGAGGAGUUCGUAGAAGGAGACUAUCCAAUGGACGGCAACGAUGACUGGGAUUCUGAUGACUUACCAGACUCUAGUUCCACUUCGAAGCCUCAGAUCCUAGGAGUUACUCCUUCAGCCAUGUCCAGAAUAGGGCCAGUGAAAACCGUAGUCGUAUCUGCUGCAGAGACAAUAGCAGCUACUAACGCGAGACCAAGGAUCUUGGAUGACCCCCUUACUCCGGUUGAACGAGCAGCUUUGCGUAAGGCGGCCUACAGAAGCAUGAACGACUUGUUGAAGAAUGGGAAGUGCGUGGACCCCCAGCCCCGCUGGCUGAUUGUGAGGCAGCUGGCGCCUGCUGCUGACACCAGAUAUUUGCCACCAUGCGUACAGCUGCACCGAUGUGCCCCCGAUUCUGGUUGCUGCGUCAACGAGAGUGAAGUCUGUGCCCCGAUUGAAGGCAAAACAGUCGUUUUACCAUUCUACCUUCACAAAGCGACCGGAUCAAUGAAUGUAGUGAAGAUGCAGUUCUUCAACCACACUCGGUGUGGAUGUGUCUCUCGGGGUACACUACAGAUGACAGUCACCACGACAGCGGCCAAAACAAACGACGGUGAUAGCCAGGAGGAGCUGGAGAGACCCUCGCGCCGAGCGAUGGUUGAAAGCCAAAACGACUGGAGAACACCAACCGAAGAACCACUCUUGGAAAAGAACGAUGAACCAACGGCACCUCCCCAGUUACGCAGAUGUACAUGCCCAGCUCUGUUCCUGGCUAGCAUGACGGAGUACGAGCCUUGUUCAUGUGUCUGCGACUGGCCUGACGCAGGCCGUCGUCGUGACUGCCAGUACCUCGCCAAGGGUCGAGAACAUUUUGGUCUUCGGGACAGGGUCUGUGUAGCUCGAGGUGACUGCACCCCACCAUCCUGUGAAUAUGGUUCUUACGACAGAACUGUAGGCAAAUGCCCCCUUCGAAGGUAUAGAAGAAUGAGGUACCACUCCAGAGGAAGAUACCAAGAGAAAACCAUGGUGGUGUGAGCGAACCAAGAAUGUAUUUGGUUAUAUGUAUUCUCUAUUGUGUUAUGCCAGCAUUUAGGGGAUUUGGAGACAGGCUUGAUUUGUGCAUUUUUACUAUACUUAGCUGUAAAGUCUGAGCUAAUUACAUUAGUAUUGACUUGUUUUCCAGUCACCCAUUUUGUACAAAUAAUUAUUAGUCUGGUAACCUUAAAAGAAUCAUUUCAAAUUAUCAUCAAAAAUUUUUGUAAAGUUGUGUUUUCAUUACAGAAUGUCGUUAUUAUACGGUUUUGUUUUGUUUUAGUAGAAUUGUCUCCAAAUGCAGUGUAUUUUAAAAAGUCCCCUAUUUUUGCUAGUAAUUUCUUAAAAGCAUAAUAGACUCGUGUUAUUUUAUUAAUGUACAUGUAUUUAAAUAUUAAUUUUAAUAAUUAUGUGUUUAAAAAAUCUUGUCCGACCCUACUUUUGCAAGUAACGCCUUAUUCCUAGCAAUACUUACUGGUCUUUUGACUGAAAUAUUUUAGAUAAUGUUAGUUUUUCGAAAACUGCAUUUUUUGUAUUACUUUUUAAAAUAUACGAUACGAAACUGUUUGUAAUCUAUCGCACUUUUAAUUGUACAACGAAAAAAGAAACAGAUGACUAAUAUUUGAAUUUUUAAUGCUUCAAAAUAUUGAGUUAUUUUUCGAAAAUAAUGUCGUCAUUUCGGGUCGGACAAGCCUUACAAUGUACAACCAAGUAGAUGUACCUAUAUUGUGCCAUAUUUGCAAAAUUGAGUCAGUAUCUGAUAUACAUAACUAUUGAAACUAUAUUAUUAAUUGAGUUUUGUGCUUAAAAUUUUCCCUGCCUUUUGAACUCGCGCCAGUUGUCUAUGAGGCCGUGUUAUAUCAUGAUACUGCGGGAUGCUGAAGUACCUACUUCACGCACAUCAACACCAAUGGUGGCAGUACCCCUUAUAUGUAUUAGUUCAUGCAUUAUCAUUGACAGCAUUUUUAGAAUUCCAUUAUCUUCAUUGUAAGUAUAGAAACUUUCACGAUACAUACAUAAAUUAAUUCAAAUAUGUAUACGGCAAACUCAUGUUGAAAUUGCACGAUGCUUUUGAUUAUGAGUCCCGUUUUGAAUUGAAAGUACUCGAGCUUUUCUCGAAAACGUGACGUGAGUUAUGUGCAUAUUCCAAUCGCUCCACCAUCUUUAUUGUUAAUAUAUACAAUAGCUUUAUUUGAUUUCAUAAUCUAUUCGACGAAAUAUUUUCAUAAAGCAUAAUAUUUUUCAUGAAACGUCUUUUGACAUUAAGUGAUUUGAUUAUUAUUUUGUAAGAUUUUAUUUUUUAAGUUGUAAAUAAACGUGGAUUUGAGGAGAA